CUACAUAUAAGUUACUCCGAGACCGUGGAAAUAUGGCAGCUUGUUUACAAAUGAUGUCGAGAUUAACAACGAUUUCUAUAUAGUAUAGGUUGCAUCAGUCAGUGACAAUUAUAGAAAUCAUGUUGUAUUUGAAAUGUUUCUGGAUUAAUAUUAUCAUUGUUAACUUGGUAUAUUUUCUUCAUAAUGUUCAAUCAAGUGAGCUCUUACAGAAAUAUGAUCAAUCAAAGGUGGAUGGAAGAGUGGAUAUGUCUAAUAAUGUUUUUCUUGAAAAUGGUGCAAAUGCAAUCAUUCCUACUCAUGUUUCACCUGCAAGACAAAAGCCAACUCUUGAUUAUAGUUUUCUACAUGCUUUUAUAGCCUCGAUAUCUGUUAUUAUUGUUUCUGAACUAGGUGAUAAAACAUUUUUUAUAGCUGCCAUAAUGGCUAUGAGACAUUCUAGGUUAAUUAUUUUCACUGGUGCAAUAGCUGCAUUAAGUUUAAUGACUAUUUUAUCAGUGUUUCUUGGUUAUGCUACCACUGUUAUUCCUAGAAAGUAUACAUUUUAUAUUUCUACGGCUUUGUUUGCUUUCUUUGGGCUGAAAAUGUUAAAAGAAGGAUACCACAUGGAUCCAAAUGAAGGCCAAGAAGAAUUAGAAGAAGUGUCUGCAGAAUUAAAAAAAAAAGAAGCUGAGUUUGAAGCUGUAAGCAAAUCAGAUCUGGAAACAGGAAUUAGGUCAAAAAACGUUCCAUCAAAGUUUAUCAGAUAUUGUACAUAUUUUUGCUCUCCUAUACUAAUCCAAUCAUUUACAAUGACUUUCUUAGCUGAAUGGGGUGAUCGAUCUCAACUUACUACUAUUAUUUUAGGAUCUCGAGAGAAUCCGUUAGGUGUUACACUAGGUGGUGUGAUUGGUCAUUCAUUAUGCACUGGAUUAGCUGUUCUUGGUGGUAGAUUAAUUGCACAAAGAAUAUCAAUCAGAACUGUAACUCUUGUGGGAGGAGCUUUGUUUUUAUGCUUUGCUAUCUCUGCGUUAUUUGUUGAUGAAAAUGGAGAUUGGUCACCUCUCAUAUUGGCAUGCACCCACUAAUUUGAUUGCGUUGGUAAACGAAAAACGUUCUUGACAAAAAUUAGGGCGAAAUGGUUUGUAUCAAUAUUCAGAUCAUAAAUUACACCAUAAAGAUAUGUGGUAUACGCCGUUGUUUUUAUUUUUAGUAUGUUGUUCUGACAAUUUACGAACAAUUGUAACUUUCUUUUAAUUUAAGACUCGUAUUUAUACUUUUAUAUUCA